GUGGAUCGUCUACACAGCGCCGCACCCUCAGCAGUGCUACGCGUGCUUGGGAUCGCGUCCAGGGAGAUUCAUGGAGCUCACCACCGAGGACACAGCCCUUGUGAUUUCGUCUUUGCCUGCUAGGGUAGAGUUCCACCGAGUGGAUAAAGAUAAACGCAAGAAGGGAUACCGCGUUUAGGUGGUCACCAAAAAUGAGGAUGGGCUGACCGUGGUCUGGCAACGACUGAUGAAGGCCAACUGCAGGAGCAGGAACCGUCCCGCAGAGACGGCGUUCUUCGAACAACUCACAGAGGAUGGCUGGGUAUCCAGGUUCUCGGAGAAACACGCUGCAGAAGAGGAAAGGGCGAAAAAUAAGCGCAAGUCUUCCUUGCUGCCAGAUGAAGAUGGCUCCUUUCGUGGGCUGGAGCAGAUCAAAAGGAUCGCACGCGAGGCCGCCACAGCUGGUGUUGCGGCUCGCCGCGAAGCCGCACUGGUGGUGAGCGGCCAAGGCGGGAGCCGGGCGAAUAGUGGCCGCCGCAAAGGGCAUUGCGGCAAAGCGUUGACUGCAAGUUUGCGGGAACGUCUGCGGGCCAAGACCGGCAAAUCUUCUUCAGAGAUGAGCGCGAGACAGAUCGAGCGUGUUUUGGGGAUGUACGAAGAUAUGGAUCGUGCGGCGCUCGAGGAGAGGGUGCGCACCUUGCGAGGAAAGGGGGGGCUCGACCACACGGGCGUGCAGGCGAAGGCCCGGGCUCAAUUGGCGGCAGCUAAACGGCGAGACAGGGCCUCAGAGAUCGAGGAAAAGCAUCGAGAGUGGGCCGAGCUGUGCCUGUCACACGCCAAGGACGAGCUCAGCCGGUUGCAGCGGGGAGUGAAGGAAGAUGAGCAAGAGUUCGGUGAGAGACUUCAGUUCAAGGACGAAGCGUCGCAACACCAGCUCAUGAAGGUGAUGCACCAGAUCCACGCGCUUAAGACCCUCUACCGGAAGCUUGUGGAGGGUGGAGACCGAGACGAUUGCAUCGAAGCAGCGGCUGAUCAUGUCCACGUCUCCGUGCAUACUAUCCAGGAAUGGGAUUCCGACUUCCGGACAAACGGCAGGCUGGAGGUGAAUUGCCAGACGAUUACAUUGUAAACCUCACUGAGAUGUCGGAGCAGCCGCGUACUUCGCAUGACAGCGGUGGUAGUAUAGUUCAUACUGUAAGCGGAUGGAUUUUGACUUCGAAGCAAUACUUUUUGGGGGGAUUUUCGCGGGGACUCCGUCGAUGUGUUCGAGUAUUUCGUGGGGGGUAUGGGUGUAGUUGAAUAUAGACGCGCGUGGGGUGCAUGGGUUUCGGAGCAGUCGCGUGGCAGCGCACGUAGUUUUUAAGCGGAUGGAUAUAGUACUGU